CUCGCGCAGCCGUGUUCAAAACAACUAAGGAAGUAACAAGAAGCUACAUGGCUAACGAAAACUAAUUGCUGUGGAUAAUAUAGCGUUUGUGGUUAAACGUUUUAGGUUAAUUGCAGUUGCGCUGGUCGUUAACUUACAGUCUUCGCUCAGAUUUCAGUUGCAGUGAUAGGGAGCCGAUAGUUGCUCACUUCUUAGCUAAAAGGCUAACGAUCAGCUGUUGUUUUGGUCAGGGAGGAAGGUGGCUAACAAGCCAAACUGCAUUGCAUUACCUAAUCAGUUCUCCGUAUUGGCCAUUCCAAAAAAGCAAAACUGAACUGUGUUAGUUUAUGGCGACAUGUAAAGCUGUACCCCCGGACAGACUUAUCAGCGAUUAGGCGUCCGCCCCGUGUGGGAUUGAUAUAUCAGAGGGGUGUGUGAGAUUGAAUUAGCAGCGUCGCUUCAAGAUGCACGACGCAUAUGAGCCUGUACCUAUUCUGGAAAAGCUUCCUCUUCAGAUUGACUGCCUUGCGGCCUGGGAGGACUGGCUGCUUGUAGGAACAAAACCAGGCCAUCUCCUUCUGUACCGAAUAAAGAAGGAUGCAGGAGGCAACCGGUUUGAGGUCACACUGGAAAAAUCCAACAAGAACUUCUCAAAGAAGAUUCAGCAGCUUUAUGUUGUCUCACAGUACAAAAUUCUUGUCAGUCUCCUGGAGAACAACAUCCAUGUCCAUGACCUCCUGACCUUCCAGCAGAUCACUGUGGUGUCCAAAGCCAAAGGAGCCACACUCUUUGCAUGUGACUUGCAGCAAACCAGCUCAGGGGAGGAACAGCUGAGAAUGUGUGUUGCAGUGAAAAAGAAACUUCAGCUGUAUUACUGGAAGGACAGAGAGUUUCAUGAGCUGCAGGGGGACUUUGCUGCACCAGAUAUUCCAAAGUCAAUGGCUUGGUGUGAAAACUCCAUAUGUGUUGGUUUCAAGAGAGACUAUUACCUCAUUCGGAUGGAUGGCCGUGGCUCCAUAAAAGAGCUCUUCCCCACUGGGAAACAAUUAGAACCUCUGGUUGCCCCACUGGCAGAUGGGAAGGUGGCUGUUGGGCAGGAUGACCUAACUGUGGUGCUUAAUGACGAGGGAGUGUGCACCCAGAAGUGUGCCCUGAACUGGACAGAUAUCCCUAUAGCAAUGGAGCACCAGCCUCCCUACAUCAUAGCAGUUCUUCCUCGGUAUGUGGAGAUACGGACCUUUGAGCCAAGGCUGCUGGUGCAGAGUGUGGAGCUGCAGAGACCACGCUUCAUCACCUCAGCAGGGCCAAAUAUCGUGUAUGUUGCCAGCAACCACUUUGUGUGGCGCCUGGUGCCCGUGUCAAUAGCCACUCAGAUCCGGCAGCUUCUACAGGACAAACAGUUUGAGCUUGCUCUUCAGCUGGCGAAGAUGAAGGAUGACUCGGAUGGUGAUAAGAAGCAGCAGAUACAUCACAUCCAGAAUUUAUAUGCCUUCAAUCUGUUUUGCCAGAAGAGAUUUGAUGACUCGAUGCAGGUGUUUGCCAAACUCGGCACAGAUCCCACACACGUGAUUGGACUUUAUCCAGACUUGCUCCCAGGUGAUUACCGGAAACAACUGCACUACCCCAACCCUCUGCCUGCUCUGUCUGGGGCAGAGCUGGAAAAGGCGCAUCUGGCUCUUAUUGAUUACCUCACACAGAAACGGAGCCACCUUGUGAAACAGCUGAAUGACUCUGACCCUUCUACAACGUCUCCUCUCAUGGAGGGCACGCCUACCAUAAAGAGCCGCAAAAAACUCCUGCAGAUCAUCGAUACCACCUUGCUGAAAUGUUACCUUCACACAAACGUGGCCCUUGUGUCCCCCCUCCUUCGUCUGGAGAACAAUCAUUGCCACAUCGAGGAGAGCGAGUAUGUCCUGAAGAAGGCUCACAAGUACAGUGAGCUCAUUAUUCUCUAUGAAAAGAAGGGCCUGCACCAGAAAGCUCUGCAGGUGCUGCUCGACCAAUCCACCAAGGCCAACUCUCCACUUAAGGGCCAUGAGCGAACAGUGCAGUACCUCCAAAGACUGGGAGCAGAGAAUCUGGGUAUAAUCUUUGAGUUUUCUCCCUGGGUGCUGAAGACCUGUCCUGAAGAUGGCCUGAAGAUCUUUACAGAAGACCUGACAGAAGUGGAGUCUUUGCCCAGAGACAAGGUGCUGCAGUUUCUAAAGGAUGGUUUUAAGGAGCUCGCCAUCCCAUAUUUAGAGCACAUCAUUUACGUGUGGGAAGAGAAGGGUCCCGAGUUUCACAAUGUGCUAAUCCAGCUCUACCUGGGCAGGGUUCAAGUCCUCAUGAAGGAGUACCUCAAGUUGCUGCCUAAAGGCGCUUCAGCUGUUCCUGCAGGGAAAGAGAAUGGUGAACUGGGAGAGUUCAGGAACAAGCUGUUGACUUUCCUGGAUAUUUCUACAUUCUAUGAACCUGCCAGACUCAUCAGUGACUUCCCCUUUGAUGGUUUGCUGGAGGAACGGGCUCUGCUUCUGGGUCGUAUGGGUAAACAUGAGCAAGCGCUCUUCAUCUAUGUACACAUCUUGAAAGACACCCACAUGGCUGAAGAAUACUGUCACGGACAUUACAACAGUUCAAUGGAAGGAAAUAAAGAUGUUUAUCUUUCUCUGCUGCGAAUGUACCUGUCACCUCCUGACGUCCACUGCCUGGGGCCAGUUAAGAUGGAGCUAUCUGAGCCUCAGGCCAACCUCCAGGCAGCCCUGCAGGUCCUGGAGCUGCACCACAGCAAGCUCAACACCACCAAGGCCAUCAAUUUGCUCCCAGCAAACACUCAGAUCCGUGAGAUCCGGGUUUUCCUGGAGAGCGUCCUGGAGGAGAAGGCUCAGAGGAAGCGCUGCAACCAGGUGCUGAAAAGUCUGCUGCAAGCUGAAUUCCUCAGGGUGCAAGAGGAGCGGAUUUUCCACCAGCAGGUUAAAUGCGUUAUUACAGAAGAGAAGAUCUGCAGAGUCUGCAAGAAGAAAAUAGGAAAUAGUGCAUUUGCCAGGUAUCCCAAUGGCGUGGUGGUGCAUUACUUCUGCUGCAAAGACCGCAACAUUUGCCCCGCUGAACAGUAACAUCUCCUCAGUAGAAAUAAUAAAUUGCCCUCUUUUCUUCGACUCCUUGGACAUCUGUGAACUAGAAAUACACGUGGUAGUUGGAAGUGCUUAGAAUGGGACGCUUUUGUCCAAAGCACGUCAGAGGAUUUUGCUUGCAGAUUCUUUUUAACCUGAGUUGACCUCCCGUUGCCAUGCUCAAACCACAGAGCAGAACGGGAGCCGAAGACGACUUUCUCUCUCUGUGCAUGAAGUAGCAGUAGGAAUGCCCAGGGUCGUUCAACAGGCGGGGAGAGAGAGGGAGCGAGGUAGACGUUGACAUUUGAAAAGCAUGUGUCGCUGUAACGCUAGAAGGGAUUCACGGCUCUACGGUACACAUUCCCUCUGAGGAAAACGGACACUAUUGACAACUGUAACAACAGAAGUUGUGCAUGCACUCACCAGGAGAUGAUUACAAGCCUGGUUUACACAGUCUCCCUUCCCUCCUGUUGCGCUGCGUCGGCCUCAAACACUGCUUCAUAUGCCAUAUAGACUCUGCAGGAGUACUGGUGAAUGCCUUCUGCGACUUUGAAGAUUGUCUCUCAUGACUUGUCAUUGCAAGUGAUGGUACUUACUAAAACAGCUUUACAGCACAUUUGUGGUUUUUGUGUUUUAUUUAAUCAUCUGUUGCAGCUAACAUAUUUUCCUUGUUUGUUUUUUACAGUUUAAAUAUUAUCGCUCUAAAUUCACUCUCCACUGUUUUAAUGUCUCGUUUGUCGUCGGUGUCUUCUUUGUCGUGGGAUAACUUUUUUUUAAUUUAAACUUUGUAAUGCUUGAGGAGCAUUCGCCCAGUUUCUCUCCUGGUUUGCUUCACCUAUGAGCCACCGCAUUGAAGCCACCUGCCUUAUACGGUCUAGGCCUCCCUCGUGCCGCUGUGACCCAUCAGGGCUUGAUUGCAGUGCGUCCUGUGGGUUACAGGGCGCAGCCCCCAUGGAUCUUCCUGCUCAAUCUGACUGGGAUCUUUGGGAAUUUGGGAGCUAGGUCUAUGCCAUGUGCUCUUGCAAAGUUGUUUUUUUCCUGAAGAGGGAAACUGUUUCUGUCAGGGUGUGCUGUUGCCAUGGAAGAUAAUCAAUAACAUGUGAUGUGUAGCUUUGAUGUUGUGGUUUAUUUAGUUGGUUCAGUGACAUAAAUUUCUCUCCAACUAUGUUAAUAAUAUUUUUUUUCGAAAGAAACUUUCCAAAACAGUUUUUGUUUGUUUUUUUUCCUUUGUCAUACAUGAAAUUUAAUAUAUUUGGGUUUAUUAAAGGCUUUCUUUGCUGCUUUGAAGACUAAUGGAAUAACUGAUGUAAAUAUUAUUGAUUUAUGCCCUUUGCUGUGACCAUGAGUCUCAGCUUAGCCACUGUAACCUUUUCUUUUACUUAUAGGGCUGUUGCCUGGUUUGCUCUGAGACAGAUUAAAAGUGUUGUAACUUUGUCCUGUUUGUUCAUGUUAACUCGGAUCUUUGCUUUUUCAUUGCAAUAGUAUGUUCAAAUGACAUAUUACUGUUCACCUGGGAGGUAUUUAACGAAAGCAAGGCUCCCCCAGUUUAUUAUGAAUAAAGUUAAAGCAUUGAAUGUAUGUUUUGUUUUGGGAUUUUCUUUUCUUGGUCCAUGUUGUCAGUGACACUGUUGUUUGGAUAUCUGGAUGACUGGAAGAAAAAAUUGGAUCUUUCUUGUAAUUUGUAGCAUUUUCUACAUCCCUUCUUCCUUGAAAUAUCUCCUCUUCUGCUUUUAGAGAUUUGCACACAUUCUCUGCUAAGACUGUUUCACAUUUUUGUUUUUUAAGUAUUGUUUUGUGGAAAUAUUUGUACCACCGAGUGUAUACUGUAUAAAGACUAAGAGGGUAGAUGACAUAUUUCUCAUUGAAGUUAUUUGUUCCUGAAAAGCAACCCAGCAGGUUGGUGCAGUCUGUCUGUUUGGCUAUAAUCUGUAAUAAACAUGCAUUUCCACUCA